CCAAACAUCCGGGUUUCUGCUGAUUCCACCGCUGUAUCUCACCCCUGGGCUCCUCACUCCCGCAGGGCCCCGACUCUCCGACACCUUCUCCGCGCGCGGAACUAGCUCGAGCUUUAGUGACGGGAGCCCUCCAGGGACAUGGCAACUCCGGUGGCGCCGACGGGCGGCGCCCGUAGCGGGGCUGGCCCGGAAUGGGGAGGAUUUGAAGAAAACAUUCAGGGUGGGGGCUCAGCAGUGAUUGACAUGGAGAACAUGGACGAUACCUCUGGCUCCAGCUUCGAAGACAUGGGCGAGCUGCAUCAGCGCCUGCGGGAGGAAGAAGUAGACGCUGAUGCAGCUGCUGCUGAAGACGAGGAUGGGGAGUUCCUGGGCAUGAAGGGCUUUAAGGGGCAACUGAGCCGACAGGUGGCUGAUCAGAUGUGGCAGGCAGGGAAGAGACAAGCCUCCAGGGCCUUCAGCUUGUAUGCCAACAUUGACAUCCUGAGACCCUACUUUGAUGUGGAGCCUGCCCAGGUGCGAAGCAGGCUCCUGGAGUCCAUGAUCCCUAUCAAGAUGGUCAACUUCCCUCAGAAAAUUGCAGGUGAGCUCUAUGGACCUCUGAUGCUGGUCUUCACACUGGUUGCUAUCCUCCUCCACGGGAUGAAGACAUCUGACACCAUUAUCAGAGAAGGCACCCUGAUGGGCACAGCCAUUGGCACCUGCUUUGGCUACUGGCUGGGAGUCUCAUCCUUCAUUUACUUCCUUGCCUACCUGUGCAAUGCCCAGAUCACCAUGCUCCAGAUGCUGGCAUUACUGGGCUAUGGCCUCUUCGGGCACUGCAUUGUUCUGUUCAUCACCUACAACAUCCACCUCCAUGCCCUCUUCUACCUUUUCUGGCUACUGGUGGGUGGACUGUCCACCCUGCGCAUGGUGGCAGUGCUGGUGUCACGAACUGUGGGCCCUACACAGCGGCUGCUCCUCUGUGGCACUCUGGCUGCGCUGCACAUGCUCUUCCUGCUCUAUCUGCACUUCGCCUACCACAAGGUGGUAGAGGGGAUCCUGGACACAUUGGAGGGUCCCAACAUCCCACCCAUGCAGAGGGUCCCCAGAGAUAUUCCAGCCGUGCUCCCUGCUGCGAGACUUCCCGUCACCGCACUCAAUGCUACAGCCAAAGCUGUUGUGGUGACCCUGAAGUCACACUGACCCUACCUGAAAUUCUUGGAAGCCCCCAUUCUCCCAGCUGUGGAGAGGAAAGUUACUGAGGACAUGGGUCUCUGAUGGGGUCUUCAGCUGCCACAGAACUGUAGCCAAUUAAGUAUCUCCUACCCACCUGUUGGACUUCUGAAGGGCAUAAGGGCAGGAGCUCCUGGCUUGGACUGCAGGGCUCUGCAGCCAGUGCGGAAAAUGGGUCAGCUCUUCAGAGACUAUCUCACCACCUACCCCUUUCCUUCCUCUUUAUUUUCCCCCACACACAUUGUCUUGCUAAAUAUAGACUUGGUGAUUAAAAUAUUGAUCGAAGUCUGGA